AACCGUCAUCAACCAAGUAAUGGAAAGUGCAUCAUAUAUGUAUGGUCACAGCUUGUUACUCUUAGCUACUUUGAUCGACCUCUCUUUUCUUUUCCGAGCUUCCAUCAAUUAACUCCAACAGCCGCCAACAAUGGCUGAAGCUUUUGUUUCCGUGCUACUGGAACAACUGGCUUCAAUAACCUAUCAACAAAUAGAGAAAGAGGUGAGACUGGUUGCGGAGGUCGAGAAAGAAGUUGCUGAUAUCACCAGCAAUCUGAAAGCUAUUCAGGCCGUGCUCGAGGAUGCAGAGAAGAGGCAAGUCAAGGAGGCCAUCGUCAGAGACUGGCUGGAGAAGCUCAAAGAUGUGUCCUACGAGAUGGACGACGUGCUUGAUGAGUGGACUACUGAGAUUCUCAUACAGCAAGUUGAUCAUUUGAAGAAGGUAUGUUUCUUCGUACCCUCCAACUGUUUUUGUUUUGGCCAAGUUAAUCGAGUGAUCCGCCGCCGUGACAUUGCUCGUAGAAUACAAGAUCUGAGUCAUAGGUUGAAUGAGAUUGCUAGAGAAAGACAGAGCUAUAACUUUCUAAACACUGAAAGGGUCUUUGAACAACUUGAGAGGAUUGAGACUUCAUCUUUGAUCGAUCUCUCCAAGACAUUUGGGAGGGAAGAUGAAACUGAACUAGUUGUGGGCAAGUUGGUCGGCGAGAGUAGUCAAGAAGAGAGGAACCCUCUAGUUAUCCCUAUAGUAGGGAUGGGGGGUAUGGGAAAAACCACCCUUGCCCAGAUAGUCUACAAUAAUGAAAAGGUCAAGUUAAAUUUCACAAAAAGGGUAUGGGUUUGUGUUUCAGACCCCUUUAGUGAGGUCAAAAUUGCCAAAGCCAUUAUUGCAGAUCUCAAUAAAGAUGAUGCUCCAAAUUCAAAUGAUCUGCAACCUUUAUUGAAAUGUAUACAAAGAAACAUUAAAGGCCAGAAGUUUCUCCUUGUGCUAGAUGAUGUGUGGACUGAUGAUGACAGAAAGUGGGAACAAUUAAAGCUAUCUUUACAAAGUGGUCUUGUAGGUAGUAGAAUAUUGGUGACCACACGGAAAGAGGAAGUUGCUAUGAUGAUGGGAGUAACCUCUGCGAAUAUGAUCCAUUUGGAGAAGUUGAGUGAACAAUGUUGUUGGUCAAUAUUCUAUCACAUUGCUUUGGCCGAGAGGGAAAGAGAUGAGUCUAAAGUGUUGGAAUCUUUGGGUAAAGACAUUGUAAAACGGUGUAAAGGUUUGCCUCUUCUUGCAAAGGUUUUAGGCGGUCUAAUGCGCUCUAAGAAAACCAAGAAAGAAUGGCAAGAUGUUUUGAGUAGUAAGAUAUGGGGGUUAGACAAAGUGGAGCAACAAGUUUUCCAACCGCUAUUACUAAGUUAUUAUGAUUUAACUCCAAUGAUCAAGCGUUGUCUUUUAUAUUGUGUUACUUUCCCAAAAGACCAUAUAAUUGACAAAAAAAUUUUGAUUGAGUUGUGGAUGUCGCAAGGUCUUCUUGGUUCAGUUGGGAACAAAGAAAACAAAAUGAUUGACAUUGGAGAAUUAUAUUUCAGUAACUUAGUAAUGCGAUCUUUCUUCCAAAAUUAUGAGGAAGAUGAAGUUGGAAAUUUGGCACUCUUUAAAAUGCAUGAUAUUGUGCACGACUUUCUCCAAUAUUUAACCAAGAAUGAAUGUUUAAUUGUUGAGUUCAAAGAUGAGGAGGAGAGAAUAGAAUUACCAGCAAACAAUAAGCUUGGUCAUUUGACCAUAAUGUUUGCAAACUCCGGACCUUUUCCCCUUUCUUUGGACCACUGCCAACGUCUUAGGACCAUUACAACAUUUUAUUGUAGUAUUACAAGUCUCAGCCGAAAGUUGAUUUUACAAUUAAAAUGCGUGAGAACGUUGAAUUUGAGUGGUAACCAUAUCGAAGAAGUUCCGGACGAGGUUGGCGUGUUGGUGCACUUGAGGUAUUUGGAUUUAUCUUGGAAUAAGAGGCUGCAGAAAUUACCUGAUAGUUUGUGUAAUUUAGUCAAUUUGCAAACCUUGCGAGUUGCUUUUACUUUUGUUAAAAAGUUACCCGAGGCCAUAGGAAAGUUGACCAGCUUGCAGCAUCUUGAUGCUCAGGGUUGUGAGUGUCUGAAGAAAUUACCUGAUAGUUUGUGUAAUUUAGUCAAUUUGCAAACCUUGCGAGUUGAUUGGUGCGAUAGGUUCGAAAAGUUACCCGAGGCCAUGGGAAAGUUGACCAGCUUGCAGCAUCUUCAUGCUCAGUAUAUUGAAGAUCUGAAGUUGCCCAAAUCAAUUGCGAGGUUGAAAAGUCUACGGACGCUAGAUCUGCCUGUUGUAAUUGAAGGUGAAGGUGAAGGCAGUGGAGAUGAAGAAGGAUUGAGGUUAAGUGAUUUGAGAGACAUGGACGAGCUUCAGGGGAAGCUUGAGAUCAAAUGGAGGGGCAAAUUGAAAGAUAGUGCUGCGAGUGACGCGGAGAAAGCCAAAUUGGUGAACAAGAAACACCUUCUUCAUUUGAAACUAGGGUUCGAGUGGAUGGAGAGCGAGGGCAUCCAAGAAGCAGUAUUGAAUGCCUUACAGCCAAAUUCAAAUCUUGAAUCCUUAGUGAUUGACGGUUACGGUGGCAGCACCCUGUGCCCCAGUUGGACCUCCUCUUUAAUUAACUUGAAAAGCCUGACCUUCCAAGAUUGCUGGGUUUGUAAGUAUGUGCCUCUUUCGGUUUUGGGCUACUUGGGGUCCCUUGAGACAUUCAGAUUUGAAGGCAUGUGGAUGGUGAAAAAGGUUGGAUUUGAGUACUCACUUGAUCAUCAAGUUAUAUUGUUCCCCAAUCUGAAACAACUCGAGUUUAAGCGUAUGUGGGAGUGGGAAGAAUGGGAUCAUCAUGAUGAGAAUGAUGCUACUUCAUCGUCACCAACUUGUUUCAUGCCACGCCUUUCUACUUUAUCCAUCAUGGACUGCCCUAAGCUGAAGACACUGCCAGACUUCCUUCCAAGGAAGACGCCGCUGCUUCAGAAUUUGAUCAUCAGCCGGUGUCCCAUUCUCUCCCAAAGUUGCAAAGACAGGCAAGGCCCGGAGUGGUCCAAGAUUUCUCACAUCCCAAACAUCCAAAUUAAUGAAGAAACUGAUGAAGAAAUUGAUGGAGAAACUGAUGAAGAAAUUGAGGAAGAAACUGAGUGAUCAACAGCGUCAUCCAUCCAAUUCCUUGUAGGGAGAAGACUCAAGAAGAGCAGAUGAUCCUCAAAGAAGUACUCAAUGAACUGUAUAUCAAGGCCAAGAAUAAACUUGAUAGCUAACAGCUGAAGAUUUUCGCUGCAUUGAAAUAGUGGAACAGCAGAAAUGAUCCAAAAGUAUCAUUUGAUUUCAUGUUCAAGAUUUUUGUGUAAUUCUGUUUAAUGUGGUGGGGAUAUUCAUAUUCUCACCCAGUCAUAUCAUUCUCCCGAAUGUCAUCAUUCCUCUUCUUCAUCAUCACUUCUAUUGUUCAUAAUACUCCAACUCCUGGGGAGGUAUAUUUGACAUUUGUUCUAUCCUCCUCUCCUUUAUGUCCAAAAAAUUGUGGAGGAGAUGGACGACAGUCAUUUCUGAUUACUUUUGGAACUGCUACAGUUCUUAUGGAAGAGACUGGUGAAGAAUUUGUUCAUCUUGGGAGGAACAUACCUUCAGUGAGGUUGCACGAACAGAGGCAUGGAAUCACGGAAUGGCCCAAGAUUUCUCACAUUUAAACAUAGAGUGUUCUCUAACUAACUGAACAGGAAUGUUGAAAAUGGUUGAUAAAUCACCAAGGCCAUGGUGAAGCUGUUUAACUUACAUUAUCAUAAAUAAUUAUAAGCUGGAAGUCCUCAAAAGCUUUGUGAGGUUAACAAUAUCCAAGAAAGUGUGUGAGAGAUAAGGGUGAUCCUGAGCAAGCAAGAUUGGUAAAUGUGAAGAAACUUAAUUUGGGACCAAGUUUGUGGUACUCAACAAGAGAAUCUCAACAAAUACUGAACCCCUUGCACUCAAAUCCAAACAUCAGUAACUACAGUUGCACCGUGCACACUGUGCAAUAGAUGACAAAUGUCUUCACAUAAUUUCAGAAGGCUGAGGGAUGACGAGUGCAGUUUAUGUGAAAUUGUGCCUCUUUUGGGGAACUUGGUGUCCCUUGAAUUGCUGCAGUUAUGUUUUGACAUGAAAACCAAAGAGUACUCCAGAAGGAUUAAUGAUAAAUUGUGAAGAGCAAGUAAGGUUUUUCAUGGGGUGUGCAUUUAGAGAUGUGAGUAGACAGACCUGAAUCAUCAUCUAUUAGCUGCCUAGCUUGUCGAAGAGGAAGGUUUGGGAGCCCAAUAAGGAGGAAAAUGUAACUCUUGGACCUGCGGUCAGAGAUGGAGAGAACUUUUUUUGGUGUCGGUGCUCAUAAUUAUGCACUCACUCCUUGAGUAAUUCCUUCAUUUACGUGAUGGACUUGAAAAUGCUGCCAGGCAUGCUUGCAGCAUAGUAUGUAUCUACAUGGUGCAAGGUGCUUGCAUAUAGAGCUCAGGGCUGCUAGUCCAGGUGCUGAAUCAGCAAUGAGAGCACUUGAUCUUGUUGACAUGCCCAAUUUCAACCAACUGUAGCUAUAGAAAGCUUGGCUGGCACUCUGGGACAUAUAUAGAAGGUUGAGAAUUCUCAAAUGUGAGGUUUCAGAUGUUGCUCUCAUUUCUCAUACAUUUUGGUUUGGUUGGAGGUGAAACCUAUUCUCUCUCAAAGUUGCAAAGACAGGCAAGGCCGGAGUGGUCCAAGAUUUCUUACAUCCCAAACAUCAAAAUUGAUGGCAAAAUUGUACAAAAAGAUGGGGUUUGAAUUUGAUCACCCAUCCGAUUUCUUGAAGAAAUUGAUUGCAAUGAAAUAGUGGAACUGCAGAAAUGAUCUGAAAGUCUCAUUUGAGUUCACGUUCAAGACUUUCGUGUCAUGCUGGUCUCUGUAUAGUAUGGCAGAUUGAAGACUUUGUGCAACUCCGUUUAAUGUGUUGAGGAAUUUUAUAUUCUCACCCAGUCAUAUCACCCUCCAGGAUAUCAUCACAACUUCUCUUCUUUUUUAUGUCGCAGCUCCUUAAAAGCAGCUCCGGAUCUCCAUGGAAUAUUGGAAAGGUGGAAGCUUGGAAUCUCAUUGGAUGUGACAUCUUUGCUGUAGGCCAAAUUGAAGUCUAUUUCUUGUCACUCAGUUCAUUAUGUUGAGGAUUUGACAUCCUUAAUUAAGAAGCUUCGACUCAAGUCAUCAAUCACUUCUAUUGUUCGUAAUAUUCCAGCUUUUGAAGAGCAGCUGAAGAUUUUCGCCGCAUGGAAAUAGUGGAACAGCAGAAAUGAUCCAAAAGUCUCAUUUGAUUGCACGUUCAAGAUUUUUGUGUUAUGUAUGGCAUAUUGAAGACUUUGUGCAACUCUGUUUAAUGUAAUUGGGAUCGAUAUUCAUAUUACCAUUCAGUCAUAUCUUUCUCCGUGAUAUCAUCAUUCCUCUUCUUCAUUGAUCACUUCUAUUUUAUAUAGCAAUGCUCCAACUCCUGAAGAGGAGUGGGAAGAGUGGGAAGGAAUGGCAGCUGGGUCUGGGUGGAGUGGAGAGGCUGAUUCUCAAAUUAAAGACACCUCUGCAAAAUUUGACGAUUAUAUCUUGUCCAAUUCUUAGGCAAAGUUGUGGAAAAAGAGGAAACAAGGAGUGACUCAACAUUUCUCACAUCCCAGACAUCCAAAUUGAUAACGAGUUUGUACAAAGAGACGGAGUUUGGAUCCUACAAUAAGCUGGUGAAACCUGCCCUUAAUUACUUCAUCAUCAACCCAUACAUCUCUCUGUCUCCACCAACAGUACCCACAGAAAGCUUGUCUAGCAGAAGGUGACUUAUAUAGAAGGUUGAGGUUUCUCAAAUGUGAGGUUAAAGAUGAUGCUGUCAUUUCUCAUACAUUUGGGUUUGGUGGGAAUUGAAACUAAUAUUGUUAGCUUGCUUCGUAUCUGGCAGGAAUGUAGUUCUGAAAUCUUUAGAAACAUAAUUUGCUUUAUUUCAUCACUUGUUAGCUCAUUGUGGUGUGGUACGGUAUGGUUUGACAUUUUUUCUAUCCUCCUCUUAAACUAUAUUAUUAAAAGGAGGUUAUUGUCUGAGGAAGUUCUUAUUGUCUGAUUUGACGUAUAUAUAUGGUCUAAUCAUUUGCAGAAAAUACUUGCAUAUUUUACAAAAAUCUUUAUUACAUGUUUA